ACAUCGCUGCCCGCUCCCUAUUACCGACAGUGCGCGGAGCUGCAGGCGCACACACCCCCGUCUCCUCACAAGUGCGACAGGAUGCGGCCGGCCCUGCUCUAGGAGACCGCGUCGCGCCUACACCAGUUACCCCGUCGCCUCGACAGCGCGCAUCCCGUCUGCUCACGAAAUUUCAGUCACCUUUCCCCGUUUGACACCUUUUCCGCCGAUUCUCAGCCAUGUCGAAGCCGGAGAAGCUGAUCAUCAUGUCGUCCGACGAGGAGGAAUUGGACGAGUAUCCUGAUGGAUCGGUCCGCCUUAGAAACCCACACAUUGAACUUAUGGACCAGGACAUUCUGUACCAUAUUGCUCUUGGUAGCGAAUCGCAUGACCUGGUCUCGAUGUUUGGGGACGUGAAGUUUGUGUGUAUGGGAGGAACGCCAAAGCGCAUGGAGCAGUUUGCGUUCUACAUCAUGAACGAGAUCGGGCACAAGCUGCCCACGGGCACGACCCUGCAGGACAUCAGCCAGUAUUCGUACCGGUACUCCAUGUACAAAGUGGGGCCUGUGCUUGCUGUCAGUCACGGCAUGGGCAUCCCUUCAGUCGGCAUCCUGUUGCACGAGAUGAUCAAGCUAAUGUACCACGCUAAAGUGCGAGACCCAGUAUUUUUCCGCAUUGGCACCUGUGGCGGCAUCGGUAUCGAGGGUGGCACGGUCAUAAUAUCAGAAGACGCAGUCGAUGGCAUGCUCAGACCUGUUUUGGAACUGCCUGUUCUAGGGAAAAUGAUACAGCGACCAGCAAGACUGGACAAGAAACUGGUGUCCCACCUCAAGAGCAUGGCUGACCCCGAUGACCCGUAUGACACAAUCACAGGCAGAACAAUGUGCACUUAUGACUUCUAUGAAGGUCAAGGCAGACUGGACGGUGCCUUCUGUGACUUCACAGAAAAGGACAAGAUGGACUUCCUGAGUCGAAUCCAUAAGGCAGGAGUUGUUAACAUUGAGAUGGAAUCUCUCUCCUUCGCUGCCCUCACUCAUCAUGCUGGGAUCAAGGCAGCGGUCAUAUGUGUCGCCCUCAUGGACAGAUUCAAGGGCGAUCAGGUGCUGGCUCCAAAGGAAGUUCUUGAUGAAUGGCAGUUGCGACCACAGAAGCUGGUGACCUGCUUCAUCAAGAAAUACCUGACAAUGAAGGGUCGACUGUCACUCGAGGGGUUUGGAGGGUCCAUAUGUGUGAAGAGCCCCCGCCGCUUCAAGCUAGUGCAGCAGGAGUCUGAAAAUUACGACUAGUUGCUGUCAGUUGAUCAGAGUCCCAUCUGUGGCUGCAGCACAAAACACGUGGCGCAGGAAUCUUCCUCCGCUUCUGGAAUGACUCGACGGGGCUACAUUCUGGAUCGGAGGGGAUAACAUUCCGGCUGCAGCUGAAUUCUUGCAGGACUGACAUCAGAGAAAAAAAUAAAAGUAAAAAUAAAAAUGCAGCAUCCUUUUUGUGGAUGUUUUGCUUUUUAAUUCCAAAGAUUUAUGUUCAUUCGAUAGUGGCGUAUUUUAUUUUCUUGAAACUGGACAGAGACCAGUAACUGAAGUGUGAGCCUGAAUCUUGUGGUCACAUGUGCUGUUAGGCUUAGGGAAAAAUGUUUGUGUUUGUUUGUAGCGGUCAUCUGACUUAUUUAUAUGCCAUUGUUUAAUGUACAGUGUAGACUGUAGGAUAACUAUAAAACUGUGAGACAAGUAAGAUGUUAAUGCUUUCCUUUAAAAGGCUGUGUUUCAAAACUGGGUGAUUGUUUUAGACUAGUGCAUAAUUUCACUUUUUAUACUGUUAUCUGCAUGGUGUACAGUAGUUCGUAUAUUACUGUCACCGUGUCUUCAGUGCGAGAUGAGCUACAGCAUUCCCACUCAUUUAUAUGAGGAGUUUCAUAAGUUGGUGUUAAAUAAAGUUGUUUGUUGUUUGUCAUAUGUUGUUGUAAAGUAGUUUUUGCAAGCUAGAUGCUUAUAGGAUUUACGCUUCUUGUUAAAACUGGAGAGUAUUAAUGUUACAAUAGGUAACAAAAAAACUGUGGCUCAUGAGAUGUCUGUGUGUGCUCUGGUGUAUGCAAUUUCUCUGGAUGACAUUAUAUAAAACUGCCAUAUACAUGCAGAGAUGUACUAAAUGCCUUAAAUCUGCUCACUGGUGCACAAUAAGCCCAGGGUCAAUUGCCAGAGUGAUCAAAAAAUAAAUCUUUGUUUUUAUCAACCCCAGUUGUUCUAAUGGUUUCUAAUUGUACAGCAUUUUUAUAUGUGCAAGUGCAUUAUUUAGAGACUGAAAAAAUGUAUUUAUUAGAUUCGUUCGAAAUGUGUAAAUUUUGUGUCAUGGAGGGUGUAAAUAGACAGUUUCAGUAUUUAAACCUGUGAAGAAAUAGAAAGAAAGAAAUUAGUUAUUUGUACUUAGUGACACGAAUAUACUGCUUGGUUGAUAGUCCACUUGUGUCUUGAAUUAAUAAGCUCCUUUUUGUAAAUGGCAAUUACCAGAAUGUAUGGGAAAAAACAAAUUUCUUUGAAAUCUAAAGAAAAUAUUGUCUCCAUUUAUCAUUUCUGUUUGUAGUUUACAGCUCUGUGUCAGAAGUAAUUGAAAAUAUGCAUAUCCUAAAAAAAUGUGAGUCCUGUCCUCUGAUUUCAUUUGCUCUCAGCUGCAGCACAUAUUAGGAAAAGUACCUCCAUUUUCCAAACAUGCUUUCUGCUACUCUAGAGAUGUAUCAGUUAAAUUACUGCCCAUAAAACAGCUUAAGACCAUGUUUGAGAAUCUUGUGGACACAAUUUUCAAUUUUGUCACUAUUCUGACAUUUUGGGACUAUUAGUAGGUACUCAGAUACGAACAGAUAAAACUAGUUGCGAUAGUGGUGAACACGUGAAAUAAGAAACACGACCUCCAAGUAUUACUUAGGUUGGUGUUUACCUAUAGAAAAAUAUGAUUUUAUUUUGUUCCACCUAAGUACAGAUGUGCAUAGGUGUUGUCAGAUUCCAAUUUUGUUUACUUUAAGAGAAUAUCACCAAUUUGACCUCAUAUUUUAGAGAGAAAAAAAGCACACUUGCAAGGUAUCAGCCUAUCGCUCGAUUCCACAUGAAAAUUAGGCCCUUAAUUUGUAUAGCACUCAGUUACGACCUGACUGUGCAGCUUUUAAAGAUUCAUGCGCACCCGUUGUUUCACACUCAUUCGGUCUCACUGCAACCAUACAAUGCCCAAGAGUGAAGUACUACACAGUGGACUGACAGCAAGACUCACACUUUAGCACUCUGAACAAAGCACACAUCAAUGUCGCAACGGUAUUUCAUUGGAUGUUGAAAGUGCUCUGAUUGGUCACUGUGCAACUGCUUCCAUACCAAACCUACUGAAAGACCUGCACAAUACUGGUGCACAUAACUACCUGUAAAGCAGAGACUACAUUUGAAGAAACUUGUUACGCUGGUCAUAGUUAACAUCAAUGCAGAGUUGUUGGUAAACCUACGGACAAAAUCUUCAAUAUGCGAAAGCUACAUACAUCCAGUGGGUGAAAAUAUCUUGUUCCACACAGUGGUAAUGUCAGUACAGAAACUGCAGUAUCUUUAGUUCAGUGCUCUUAAUUCAUUGCUGUACUACUGUAAUUUGUUCAUUGCCAUUAUGAAUGCAAACCUCUUAACUCACUCCACUGUACAGUACUUGAGCAUUAAGUAGCUGCAGGUCAGCUGCUUACAAUCGAAAUUAUGGCCCAAAUUUUUCCAUGGGCCUGAUUGCUGGGGCAGAUAUCUUGCAGGUGUGUUUUCUUUCUUGCCAAAAUAUGAGGCAAAGUUGCUGUUGUUCCCUUGUAAGCAGAGGAAAAUCAUGGCAUUUAUUUGAUUCAACCAGACUUUGACUUAUGAUUAAGUGGAAUUAUUGUUUUAUGAAAGUAACAAAACUACAGUCACCUGAGCACAAUGUAUUUUGCUGUCAAUUUCUCUUCAGCUGCCCCAGUGAUACUGAUUAAAUUAUAUUGUCUGAUACCCCUCACCCCUUUUAAAAAAUUGUUUCAUUAUGUCAUUACGUUCAUGUUCAUAGUCUAUUGAUCCACUGGUUUCAUUGUUCCAGCAACAGUAAAGAACAUUUCACCUCCACACUUGAUUCCACAUUGCAAACCAAGAGUCAAAAGAAUCUGGCCCCAUUUCAAAAAUGUUGUAUUGCUCAGUGUAAUCUAUUAUUUAUCAUGGGGGCAUCUAAAGAUAGCACAAAAAUUAUAAAAAUGAGAACUGAAAGAGGAAAGUAUAGUUUUGUAAAUGCCAUUAUUUAAAUUACAUCCAAACAUAAGAUUAGCAAGUUUACAGCUUUGAUUACAUUUGUUAUUUUUUGUGAUCAAGAAUAGCUAUUACUAAUAUUAUAAAAUGUAUACAUGCUUUCGACUAAGAGCCUGUCUGUGAUCCAAAACAAAGGAAUUUUUUGCAGUUGGGUUUUUUAAUUUGCUACACAUAAUAUGAAAUAAAAGUUGAGUUGAAUGUGAUAUAUUUCUUACAGUAUAAUACAGAAUUCACAAGAAUCUGAUGUCCAUAUGGAAUAGCUUUGCAUUGAGGAAUAUCCCCAGCCAAAACUUCCGAGGGACCAUGUUUCAUGUGUCACAUAUCAUUUGUAAUAUGUCUUUCACGAAAUAGUUUUUAUUGAAAGUGAAUGUGAACUUACAUGAAAGAUGCAUGUAAUUUUCAGCAUUAUUUUUAAAGAAAUACGUCCAUAUAACGCUUGUAAUUUAAUAUAUACUUUCUCCUUUUGGGUCCAUGUCUUUCAACUAUAUGGCUGUUGGAUUUUCUUCUGUGGAAGGUACACAGGGUCUGGAAUUCAGGCAUGUUAUAUUAUCAAUCAUAUCUGCAGUAGAAAAUCACAAACUUAGAUGAUGAGAACUAAUUAUUGUGUAUAAGCCUAACAGACAAAUGUGGGUGAUAAGAAGUCUUCCUGGUUUUACAUUACAGAAAAGCUUUUGAAAGCACGGAAUAUUUGAUUCCAAAUGUGUCUGCUUUCGGGGCUGGUAAACUGUUUUCAUUCCAGUCAUUAAGAGAGAGAGAGCUAAUCCUUCACUUAACAUGCUAUAUUGCCUUGCCUUGCAGUGAAAUACUACUUACAUUGGUAAUGGAAAAAUUAUGUUCCAACUCUUUGCCCUUUCUAACUACAUAAAGUCUGUUACUCGGUGAACAUUUUACAGUGUUCAAUUUCAUGAUCACCAUUGGCAAAAUUUUUGCUCCAUAAAACCUUUUCCCCAUGACACUUCCUUGGAUCUAUGUACACUUGAUUUCCAUUCACUGUUUCUUAUUCAUUUAUGUUUACCAUUUUUUGUGGUUUCUGUUGUAAUUCAUUUUACCUGCCUAUUUCUGACAAUAGUUUAUGCACUGUGUGAAACAGGAAGGGGAAGUAGAAAAUUAAAUGAGGGUGGGAACACGUCUUACCUUAUACAAGGAUGAUUACAUGAAUUAAAUAUUCAUAUGAAGUUUAUGCUUGUGUGAUAAAACUUGUUCACAGUUUCGUAAAUUGUUCCACGUGAAAGCGAGUCAAACAAUAGUAAUACGAAUCGGAGGAGUUGGUUAGUUAAUUCAGUCACAAGAAAGAUUAAUUUUAAUUUCUCCAGAGUAAUGAAUCUUUCUGCACAUUAAAACGUAGCCCAUGAUGCAAAAUUCUUAAAUUUGGAUAGGAUAUUUUCUCAGGUGAUAGGACUAGUGAUUCAUUACAUCCACUUCCAGUUUUGCUUGGUGUACAUAAAAUUUUCAAAUGCAGAGGGGGAAAGCCCUGAACAGCACAACCCAAGUAUACCAAAAACUGUUCAUCCUACUUGCCCUCAUGCAGAUGUGCAUUAGAGACCCAAAGUUCACAGAACUAUUCACUCAGCAGUGAGCACAUAUUGGAAAUAAAUUUGGAUGAAAAACAUUAAAUUCUUACGAGAAAACACAUUUUCCCAGGAAGAAGUAGGCAACGAAAUUAUGCAGUGUUUUUCAUCACUCCUUUGGAAAUAAUUUACAUAGAGCAAUUUAAAAGUGAUGUUGGUGAUUUGUCAGUAUGUAUUUAUAUUUUAACAUAGGAAGUAGAACUAGUGACGAGCUGAAUUCUGUGAAUUUCACACCACUUUGUCAUCCUAUCUCCCUCCUUAAUCCAUUUAUUGUGGCUGUAGAAAAUACAUACUGAUAAGCUCAUUUAUUUGGGUGAAAUGGAGUCCAUGUUGGGACAGUUGUGGUUUGUGCAUGUGGAAUGUGGCCAGCUGUUUUGUUUAGAGCUGUUACUAUAUCAGGUUUGGUGGGUAUGGAUUUAAAAGGAACUGGUGAUAAAUUUCUUUAAAGGUGCACAGGUAGGCUGCUGAAAAUUACACUAACUUCACACUGUUUUUUCUACAUGGAGCUGAACACUGAGAGGAGAUUCUUGGCAGUGAGGGAGCAAGCAGAAGCAUAAAAUGAAAUCUCUGACACAGAAACAAAUGAUAAAAGCUUUUGCAUCCAUGUUCCAACAUUCUAUGAACUAACUUCCACAAAGCUAUGAUGACUUAUAACAUAUUCCAUAUUUUUUGUAAUCCAACAGACGGUAAAAUGUGGCUACAGAAGUUUUCUGAUUUGUUUGUCAUAAGAAAGGGUAUGUUUCUUGACAAAUUAGUUUGGUCUCUUCAGCGUAUUCCUGAUGUGAAUAAUUGCUUGUGUUGUGCUAAGUUCUCAGCAGUAUCCAAUAAAGAUUAAAUCCGAAGGAGAAAUGGAGGGUAAUCUCUCUGUAAAUUAGGUAAUUACAACUUUGGACAGUUGAUGUUAAGCAUGAAGUAUUACAACCUGAGAUGGGAAUACAUAUGUUUCAAAAGACUUGGGUUCGUUAUACAUGUAUUCCCCUUAGUGACAGUCAGAACAUACUCUCAAUGAAACAGUACUGGAUUAUUGUGAGGAUCCAAAUACAAAGUAAAUAAAUUUCCACUCUGUAACAUAUCUUUAGGAGGAAAAAAUAACAAAUCAAUGAUUUUUAAAAUGAAGAGCCUAUUUUAGUAAUUACAAAGGCCAAAUGUUGAUUGAAACUCUGAUAAGUAUUUCUUAAAACACACAGUAAAUUAAAUUGUCUUUUCAGUCCAAAAAAUACCAAUGGAAGCAGCUUUUGAUGUAAUAUUUCUCUGUGUGGAAGUACAUUUGUAUGGGCAUAAUUUAAAAAGAAGACAUUUAUAGACAACGACAUAUCUACUAGACACUUUAGUAUGAGAGCUGAUUGUAUGAUACUAGAGUAUAUGAUUUUUGUACCCAACAUACACUUUUGUUAGCACACAUAGGUUUUUUGUGUCUCUAAGAAAAAAAAGUAUUAAUGGCUAUUUAAAAAUAGUGCAGGCUGCCUUAAAUUUAAUAAGCAGGCAAUUAAAGGAGUAAAAUGUGAGCAUAACAGUUCUGUUGGAGCAUACUGACUACAUUGGUUUCAGGUGUGAAAUAAAGAGAUUAUGCUUUGGAGCUGUGACAUUGCACAGGUAGUAAAUAGGAUUAAAAGGCAGAGUUCAUUAAUGGAAACUCAACCGAAAGUCAUGAGAGUACUCAUUCAGCCACAUAUAAGUGCAUGAUCAUAGAGGAGACUUAAAUUCAAAAACUCUGUGGAUGAUUCUUAAAAAAUAUUGCCAGCUUCAAUUUGUUUUGAGUUAACAGGUAGAGAAAUGUGGAGAUCCAAAUUCUGCACGAUGCUAUGCAACUUGUGCUGUUUUUGAACACUGCCAUUGUUGGAUUUUCAAGACUUUAAAGAAACUGGAAGAGAAAAACUUUUGCUGUCACUUAUGAGCAAACUGACAAUAAGAAUUUUGUAAUAUCCCAAUACUCCAGCAACUAUACAGUGCCCAAUCCUUUUGUCUCAGAACCGCACAACCGAGACAAUGAGGACAUGGAAAAACUACAGUCAUAACUUGAUUAAAUCUAUGAUACAUCGCAUGUACGGUCCGUGCAUACUUCACGAUGCAAUAAUCUUCUGGAGGAGAAAACUCACUGAAAUCUCUUCUGAUGCCAUUUACUACUUUAACUGAGAGCUGAUUAGCAUUAAUCUCAGCGUGGCAAUAACCACACACUGUCACCCAGUUUAUUCAAAUUUAUGUUUCAUGUAUUGUCACUCUGCUUUUUCUACUUUAUCACUUAACUGCAAACAUCAUGAGUUUUGAGCAAUUAGUGUCAAAUGCACCUGACUGUAUGCCACAUACAUUUUGAGGCAUAAUGUUUCAUCUUGAGGUAUGUAUUUUGCAUAUUCUGAUCUUCUGGCUGUUGUCGUGAUAUCGUUGCAGUUUGAAGGGGAACUUGGAACUACUUAAUGUGAGGAAAUGAAAUGAACACUGCACGUUUUAACAUUUCACACCAAUUGUGAUGUUAAUACUUUGUUUUCUCUUGCUAAGUGGUCACAUUUAUGUAAUUGCAGUAGUUGUGUAGUAGUGGAAAAGUGAUUACAAUGGCACCUCAGUUUAUUCAGACUAUAAUUUAUCAUAAAUCCAUGUAAUCUGAAUAAACUGGAAUAACUUGGACAAAAUGUGACCAUAUAUUAAAAAAUGUGUGUACAAUCAUUUUUUUACAGCAUGAUCAUGUAGGCUAUUCAGCAGUAUUAGUGUGACCAAAGUUGCCAUUCCAAACAGAAUGUUAUUGUGUCCAGCCAUGUCUUCACAGUGAGUGCCAACUUCAUCAACUACUCCAUAAUCACUAUUGUCUUUGUCAGCAGAGGAACAAGUGGGGUAAUUUCAUAAUCAGAAAUCAUCAUUUUGAUACAUAAAUCUUCAAUUUAUUCUCACUUAUUCUGUCAAAACCCUACCGCUGAAUUUCCAGUGCCAAAUUCAAUUGCAACAUUUUCCAACAAUUCUCAUUUAUCGAUCUUAUGCAGUGCAUCAAACUUUUUUUGUUCAUGGACACAGCCACCUUCUUUCUCUCUGAUGACAUUUUAAACUCGUAACUAAUGAGGUCGUUACAAUGCUGUAUAACACUAUGUUAGCUGACACACUUGUACAAUAUUGUCUUACAUAUUGACUUCAGGUCUAAACUUACGAACAACUAACUCCAUUUUAUUUUCUGUAUUUCUUGUUCUCUAUUUUUGCAGUAAAGCAUCCUCUAAUGCAGGUAAUCGAGCACCUGAUUUUCUCCUGCCUGUUUCUAGAUUUAUCACUGGAUAGCUGGCACAUCAGACACAUGUGACACUCAAUUUUCUCUCAUAUUUGUAUAAUACCCGACAUCAGUAGCUAUUUCAUUUGUGCUUUCCUAUACUUACUAUCUUGUAACUCCUCUUCUCUCACAGCUAUUCUUUAAAUUCUCACAUACUGUUACUGAGUCUUCUGUUACUCUUGCCUGUUAAAAGCAUAGUUAAAGAUGAAAACGCAAUAUACUUCCUAAAUGUGCUACUUCAAUUUAAUUAAGCUGUAAGCUGCUUAUGUGUGGUAGAAACUAUCCCAUGAGUUAAAUUAGAGCAGAACAUUCACAUCACGAUUGGUGUAUGUUUCUUGACGCUAUAAUUACCUUCUGUACUUUAGAUAAGUGCUGAUACAUAGUGCCCAAAAAUACAUCAUAUCUGGCUGUUCACAACAUAAGGAGAGUCUUGUACCAAACAUCGUCAUUGUACGUUGGCUGGUGAUGUGACUCACUUGGCAUCAGGAUGUAAACUGAGAUGUUACAUGAACAAAACAGAUACAUUGACAAAGAAUACAUGAAGUGCUGUCAGUAAAAAACAAUUCCAUCUCACUAUAGGCCACACAUUAGGCACAUCUUUUGUGCUUAUUGCAUUUUGUAAGUUCCUGAACGCAAUUCCCUUGUCUAUUUUUGACUUAUAAAAUAGAAACUUUUUUACUCAGAAUAGUUAUUUUUAAUUUGUGUUCUUUCUCUCUCUUUCACAGUGUUACUAGUUUAAAUCUUAUUUGCCUUUUUUCUAUCAAGAUUGAAUACUUCGCAGUGGCCUGCGACACCAUACAAGAUUUCCUUUUGAGACUACGGUAGCUUAUCUGGAGUUUAACAGUGUCAACAGUUCUUUUGCCACUGUCAAGAGAUCUCUUCCUUUCAUAGGCAAUGUUCAAAAUAAUGAGUACUAGAGCCUGUACAAUGUUAUAGCUUGUGCCUGCUGUGUGUUAUCAGAUUACACUAUAGUCCCUUGGCUCCAACUUGAGACUUUCACUGGCAAAGGUCCUUGAAAGGUUACUCUGUACUUGAUUAAGAAACUUAUUCACUUUCAUAGCAUAAAACUGGCAGCAGAGUUAGUUAAAAUUUGGCAUAUGAACAAUUAUUGUCUUCUAGAGUGUAGUUGUAUGUGUAAUUUUCAUGAUCUUUUUCCAUAUCGUGUGAAUUUUUCAUCCAGUAGUAGAGUGCAGCAAAUGCCAUUGCAGCCGCUUUCUCAAAAGAUUAAAGAAAAAGUGCUGUUAUAUUUCAGUGCAAAUAUGAACUUGAGUAUAUACAUUCCGUCGAAAGUGAUUGACAGAAACAACUCAAAUGCUUCUGGUCAUAUAAAUUUGUGGCUUAUCAUAGUGUAGCAGACUUUCAUUUGAGAAAAUAUAUAUGCAGUAAUAAAAUAUUACAAUUUUAGAUAUAAGUAUUUCAUCCGAUAACUUGUAGCUGUUGAAUCCAUAAUGAAGUCUAAAAGUCACAAGAUGUCUUCAAAUUCAUGUUGUAAAAAUAAUAUGAUAUUUACCUUUUCUUUUUAGACAAGUGCAAUUUCAUAUUUUGUUCUGGAUUCUUCUGUUACCUAAAGAAGUCAUGAAGAAACAUUUGUUAUAAAGAUUAAAAUUUUAAUAGGUGAGAGCUGUGAGUAGUUAUUUGACCACGUUAAGUUUGAAAUGUUGUGUAUAUAACAAUUUAACAGAAAAAUUUUCAUGUAAAAUAGAGACAUUGGCCACAACAAAGAAUUGUGAGAUAUGCCCGAAAUGUAGAAAUUGUUGGUAGUAUUAGUAUUGUUCCUUUGUAUAGAGUGAGUGUUGGCAUAGUGAAAGUAAAUUUAAUGUAGAAUAAUUUUUUUUUGAAUAUUUCUGUAAAGUUUUUCUUGGCUGUCCAUUUGUAUGACAAGUACUCACGGCAAAUGGAAAAACUGCUGGAGGAAGCAGCAACAUCACAGUUCUUACAGCUCGCAAUUUUCAUGUAAUAAAGCCAAAGGAUGUUUGUCCUUUCUAAUUUUCACAUAAAUAAUUCUGUUUUCAUGAAAGUUAUUGAAAGUAUACUAAGCAGACAUAAUUUUUUGUUUCUGUGACUUUGUAAAGAACUCUAGGGUGUACAAAUUUACUUUAUUUUCUUACAUUUCAUUUCACCAUCACAUUUUAAUUACACUGUUUGAAAUAUUUGAAAUGAUGACACUAUGUAGGUAUUUGUAGAGUAUUGCCUCUGUAAUUACAGCUGUGUACCUAUAAUUUAAUACUGUCAGACACGCAAAUACAUCUUUGUGUGAUAGUGCUGUUGUGGAUUGUGAUGUGUAAGUGUGGCUCAAAUGUUAUUUUUUGUGAGAAGAAAAUCCUUUGAAUUUGUCCUUUUCAAAAGUUGAACAGGAUUACAGUUGAUAUAACAUCUGAGAAUUAUGCAUUUAAUUGUUGAUAUUGACUGAUGUCCUAAUGACAGAAGGAAUCACCACAUUUACACAUUGUAGUUGGAAAUUUGAAGUUUUCGGUAGUGAUCUUUACUCAUCUUCAACAUAUUACAAAACUAUGUGAGAAAGAUGUACAUAUAUUAUAUACAUUGUAUACAAGAUAACGAAAAUAAAUAAUGAAGAAGUGA